GUCAAAGCAACCCUCAUACUUCAGUCACUCUCAGAAUCAGCUGAAGGCAAGAGGAAGCACCAGAGACUCCCCUUCAGCCUGUCUGACGUUUAUGAACUUGGCUUCCUAGGAAUCUCAAGGAGAGGAUGGCAGGAAUGAAAAUCCAGCUGGUCUGCAUGAUGCUCCUGUCUUUCACCUCCUGGAGUCUGUGCUCAGACUCUGAAGAGGAAAUGAAAGCAUUCGAAGCAGAUUUAUUGACCAAUGUGCACACAUCAAGGGUCAGUAGGGCAAGUAUUCCCUCUUGGAAAAUGACUCUGCUCAGUCUUUGCAGCCUUAUAAAUAACUUGGAUGGACAAGCUGAGGAAACAGGAGAGUUUCAUGGAGAGGACCUUGUUACAAGAAGGAAAUUUCCCAUUGCCGUAGAUGACUUUAGCUUGGAAGCAAUGCUGACAAUAUACCAGAUCCGAAAUAUCUGUCACAGCAGGGCCUUUCAACACUGGGAGGUGAUUCAGGAAGAUGCUCUUGAUAAUGGAAAUGACAAAAAUGAAAAGGAAGAAGUUAUAAAGAGAAAAAUUCCUUACAUUCUAAAACGGCAAUUAUAUAAGAAUAAACCCAGAAGACCCUACAUCCUCAAAAGAGAUUCUUACUACUAUUGAGAAGUUAGAUAUAUUACUUCCAUGUGAACAUGACUUAUCAUUCCUUAAUUAAAUAUCAAAUUACAUCUGUGUGCAAAUGUUUCUUCUACAGUUGUGGUUUAUUAGAUGUGACUUUUCUGAUUAAUAGAAAUUGGACUAAAUGUGUUCAAAUAAAUCUACAUCUUGAGCAUGAUA